AUAACUACAACAUAUGACUCUGUCCAGAAAAGGACCAGCCCCAGCUGAGUUUUCCAAAGCAAUGUUGGCCGUUAGUUCUUGGCAGCAGACGAUGCCUGGCCCCACGGUUUUGUUUUCGUUCCUCUUGCUUUUCACACACACACACUGAAUAAAAGACUCGGAACUGUCGGAAGAAGGUAAGGAAAGAAAAUGGAAAGUAGGAAGGAGGAGCACAUAGUGAUGCUGCCGUUCAUGGCGCAAGGCCAUCUGAUCCCGUUCUUGGCAUUGGCUAACCAAAUCCAACGAAGGUAUGGCUUCAAGAUCACCAUAGCCACCACCCCUUUCAAUCUCCGCUACCUCAGCACUACUAUUUCCAAGAACUCGACAAGCUCCCAGAUCCACUUAUUCGAGCUGCCAUUCAACAGUUGUGACUAUGGCCUCCCACCCAACACUGAGAACACAGAGGCAUUGCCCCUCAGCCAAAUAGCAAAUCUCUUCCACUCCUCAACCUCUCUGGAACUCCCUUUUCGAGGGCUGAUUCAAGAUAUAUCAGUAAGAGAUGGCAGCCCCCCACUCUGCAUAAUCUCGGAUGUGUUCAUGGGAUGGGCUAGUGAAGUUGCCAAAUCUUGUGGCACCGUCAAUAUCACCUUCACCACCGGCGGCGCCUACGGCACCGCCGCCUAUGUGUCUUUAUGGCAACACCUUCCCCAUCGUGGCAGGGACAAGGAUGAGUUCAACCUGCCAGGAUUUCCUGAUUCCUGUACUUUCCAUAUCACCCAUCUUCAUCAUUUUCUGAGAGUUGCAGAUGGGACAGAUUACUGGUCGAUAUUCUUCCAGCCUCAGAUUGGGCACUCAUUGAAGUCCUUUGGGUGGUUGUGCAACACGGUUGAGGAGAUUGAACCCUUUGGAUUGGAUGUUCUCAGGAGAUACACAAAGCUGCCAGUUUGGUGCAUUGGCCCACUUCUCCCACCAUGCAUGUUGAGUCUAAAAUCAUCUCGUGUUAUUGGCCAGCACACAGGCAGAGAGCCCGGAAUUUCUCCAGAGAAAUGCCUGGAGUGGCUGGACUUGCACGGAGAGAAGUCUGUUCUUUACAUAUCUUUCGGUUCCCAGAACACCAUCAGCCCCUCCCAGAUGAUGGCGCUGGCAAUGGGGUUGGAGGAUAGUAAAAAGCCAUUCGUUUGGGUGAUUAGGCCUCCCUUUGGUUUCAACUUGAGGGGUGAGUUCAAAUCCGAAUGGCUGCCUCCAGGCUUUGAGGAAAGAAUGGGAAGUAACAAUCAAGGAUUAGUGGUGCAUGGAUGGGCACCGCAGUUGGAGAUUCUUUGCCACAAAUCAACAGCUGCAUUCUUGAGUCAUUGCGGAUGGAAUUCGAUCAUGGAGAGUUUGAGCCAAGGCGUGCCGAUCAUUGGGUGGCCAUUGGCGGCAGAGCAGGGGUAUAAUGCAAAGAUGCUGGUGGAGGAAAUGGGGGUGUGUGUGGAAAUAACUAGGGGAGUAGAGAGUAGCAUUAGCAGGGAGGAAGUGAGGGAAGUGAUAGAAAGAGUUAUGGGUGGAGGACAUAAAGCAGAGGAGAUGAAGAAAAAAGCAGGUGAAAUUGGGGAGUUGAUAAGAGCAGCUUUGAGUGAAGAAGGAAGCCUAAAGGGGUCUUCGCAUAGAGCAAUGGAUGAUUUUGUGUCUGCCCUUCUCACCAACAAACAAGGCCUUGCUUGAUUAGUUUUCAUAUUUGACUCAGAGUAAGAUGUGUUGUAGGGAUUUCAGUGUUCCCCUUCUGUUUCAAAUGCGAAGCAUUUAGUAGCAUAUAAGCAGAUGGUGAAAAUAAAGGUGUUUGCAGUAA